AUGGAUUAUCAAAAUCGUGUCGGGUCUAAGAAAGGUGGUGGUGGUAUUGCCUCUGACUCACAGGCCAAUUUAGCACGUAGAAAGAAGGUAGAUGAGCUACUAAGACAAGGUGUGGAAGUACCAUUCACAUUCGAUGAAGACAAGACCCCAGGUGAAGAAGAUGAACAAAACGAGGAUAUUGCUAAAAAGACCAAUACCAAUCCGUACAUAUACAAGAACCAUUCCGGUAAACUUGUUUGUAAACUUUGUAAUACGAUGCAUAUGUCAUGGAGUAGUGUAGAACGUCAUCUACAAGGUAAGAAACAUGGUUUGAACGUCCUAAGAAGAAGUAAACUAGAUAGCAAAUAUGGAAAACAUGGAUCACAGGGUAAACAGGAAACUGAAAAGACCCAGUUUGACCUAGAUGUACAAAAGGAACGUGAGAAUAUACAAGAUAAUGGUGCCAUACCGCCUUGCCAAGUAGUACGCAUCAUGGAUGAGAAAUCUGACCUUGAAGGUGUAUGCAUUAGGGUAGACUAUAGUGGAGAUAAUACCAUCACUAAGGAAGUAGAUGCCGAGAAUCCAAUAUUGUAUUCUCCAUUCGCUCGAAUAGUGUCAGGUUUAGAACUUACAUCGAAAGAAGAAAAUGAUAAGAAAUAUAUAGUGGUAGCAUACCCACCAUUUAGCAAUGUAUCUAUAGAGAUACCGAACAGAGAGAUAUUAUUCCGGGCAGAUAACUAUGUAGGGUAUUCAGUGGAUGAAUUUAAUAAUAAAUCUACUUAUUGGGACAAAGAGCUUGGCUUUUUCUUUGUUCAAUUUUUUUUCAAAAAUGAGGAAAAUAAAGAAGGGAUAUCAUCUGAAAAUUAA